GGUCAGUAACCUGUGAAGAGAACAAAAAAGGAUUUACUGCAAACUGGGAUUUAUCUGUGGUGGCGUUUAACGGCAUUUUCGCCUGGCUUCUUCGGGGAAGAUUUUUUUUUUUUUUUUUUUUUUUUAGCUUUUUCUAUUCUUAAGGGACUUAAAUUAAAUAUAGGCUAAUAUUUGUCAGCAGCGAAGGCCAGUGCUCCACCUGCCGCAAGAAAAGACAGGGAAAGGUGACUGCCAAGGCAUAGACCACCUGCCUUGUCAAGGAGAGAAGGAAGGAAAGGAAGGAAGGAAGGAAGGAAGGAAGGAAGGAGACAGAUCAUUGUCUAUUGUUGCCCUCUGCCUCCUCGAGUAUAAAGAUGUAUGCUGAAAAAGUUGUGACGGAGGGGAAGAUGGGGAACAGGGGAAUCUCUCUGACCUGUGUGUUGACCCCUUGCCGUGUAACUGGGGUAUGUGUGACACUGAUGACCUUGGGAGCCAUCGGAGCUGCUGUCUGGGCCGUAGUUACAUAUUGCACAAUGGAGGAAGACACAGGACUGUAUGAUGUCCAAGUAAAUUCUGCUGACCAACGUCUCAGAGUCUAUGACUCCGCCCAGAGGAGGUGGCGGCAGGUGUGUUCCUCCUCAGCCAAUGAGCUGCUAGCAAGCAUCAGCUGUGAAGAAGUGGGCUUUAUCAGUGUGGUGAAUUACUCAGUCACAUCAGUGCCAGAGGCCAGCGGAGAUGGUGGCGAGUUCUUCUGUGUCAGAGCGCAAGAGCUCAGCUAUGGCAAGAAAAUCAAAGACUCAUUGUUCCCAUGUGACUGUGAGAGCAACGAGGUUCUCACACUGCUAUGUCAAGACUGUGGCAGGCGUAGUUUUGCAGCAGACCGUAUAGUUGGUGGUGUGGACGCCAGGCAGGGCAGCUGGCCUUGGCAGGUCAGAUUGGAGUACGAUGGAGUCCAUCAGUGCGGAGGAACCAUCAUCUCAAACCGCUGGAUUGUCUCAGCAGCUCACUGCUUUCGAGAGCGGUAUCGCUCUGUUAAUCGCUGGCGUGUUCUGCUGGGCUCGGUCUAUGGUAAACCAGUCAACGCCAACGUGGCUGAGGUGAACACCAUUGUUUACCACAGCAGCUACCUGCCCUUUGUAGAUGCCAGCAUUGACGACAACAGCAGGGACAUCGCUGUUCUGGCCCUCACAAAGCCUCUCACUUUCAAUGAAUAUAUUCAGCCUGUUUGCCUGCCAGCAUACGGUCAGAGACUGAAAGAUGGACAGAUGGGAACAGUAACAGGCUGGGGAAAUGUAGAUUACUAUGGUAUUCAAGCAGAUAUUCUCCAGGAAGCGAAUGUCCCGAUCAUCAGUGACACUGUCUGUAACGGUCCUGAUUACUAUGACAACCAGAUCACAACCAGCAUGUUCUGUGCUGGCUAUGAGAAAGGAGGCACUGAUGCCUGCCAGGGAGACAGCGGCGGUCCUUUUGUGGCGGAAGACUGCCUGUCUAAGACGAGGCGGUAUCGUCUGAUGGGGGUGGUGAGCUGGGGAAUAGGCUGUGCCAUGGCCAAGAAACCAGGUGUCUACACCAGAGUGUCCCGAUUUCUGCCCUGGAUAUCCACAGCCAUGAGGAACUAUCACAAUGCGCCGGGGCUUCACAAAUUGGCCCGAACAUGAGACGUUUUUUUACUCUUGGAUGAAAAUACUACAAGACCUCGAAGAUGUCAGCAGGGGGCAGUUGGACAGGGAUGACAGGCGGUGAUGUUCCCCUCACAUCACAGAUUCUCCUUCUCACCUAAAACUUUAUUAUUGAGGAUUUCACCCCUUCUUGUACCUUCCCACAUUGUUAAAUGUUCAACAAGUCCAAACUCCUGAAUGGCUACCCUGUAUCUUUGCAGAGAUACACAGACAUAAACAUAAAGUGUUAAAAAGUUCAGCCACGUUGUUAUAAUGAAGUUAAACUUUGAUGAAAGGGCAAAAGAGAAAUAAUCUUAGAAAAUAAUAAUAAUAUAAUAAUAAUAAUCUCCUCUUACCUUUUAGCUGUAUACUACUGCAAAGUCAAGUUAAAAAUAAUCACUAUAACAUGUGAGCUAUACAGCAAAACAUUGAAGUGAGACUUUUUCAAGUCACAAAGAGAGCAGACUUUUGAUUAGUAAUGACUUAAUAACUCAACUUUUACAUUGUGCAACACACACACACACACACACACACACAGAUGAUCAGAGAUUUUUUUUAAAUGUCACAAAUUUAUAAAUAAUGCGAAUGGAUAACUAAAACAUUCUCUGGUGGACUUUAUUUUGUAAAAUCAAAGCACACUUUAUUUCAUAAUUACAUUCUUACUUGUGUAUACAUGUCAUGAUGUUUUAUAGGCAUUAGGCAGUAGUCUGACUUUUGUAUGAAAAAUAAUUAUUCAUUCAAAGUCUAUCCAUCACAUUCCCAAAUAAACUGGUGAAGAUGAUGCUUCUCUUGAAAUCAGUAUUUUCUUGUAAAUAUUAGUCAGUGUCUACAUGUUUGUUUGAGACAUGUUACAUGUCUUCAUGAUCCAAUCAUCUUAAACGCUAAAAUGUGAGAACACCCAAAAUCAUGUUUAUGUUUAACAUAUUUAUUUUACUGCACCACAUAUUGAUGACCAAAUACACGGUCGCCCAUUAAGUUGAAAUAAAACAUUUUUUUUUUUUACCUCUUUCCAUGAAAUGAUGGUGACGAUGUGAUUUAUUAUGGAAAGAUAAAGUGUAUAUCUUCUCAAAACUUUAUUAAUCAAUCUCUUACAAACAUAUCACAAUGAAAAUUAAACCACAAUUAACAGAGGAUUGUGUCUGAAAACAAAAUGAUUACAACUUUAUGGGCAACUGCGUAAUAAUGAAAAUCAUAUUAACUGCUAGAAGUGUGUAUACUCAACCAUGACCAAUGUAUAUAAUAUAAUUCACCCCUCUGCUGACUGCUCCAGUCUUGUUUAACAUAGACUAAAAAAUGUUUUUCAGCAGUAUGUUAAAUUUGGGAUUGCUACUUGCUCACUUGUAUGCUUUAGAUUAGAGUGACUAUAUUUCUUUUACAAGACGCUGACCUUACACGUUAGUGUUUUUUAGUCCAUUGAGACACAAAAAAACAAUUAAGGAUACAUGUAGGGUGUCUGCAAACUUGAUUUAAGCUCUCAAGACAUUACUUAAUUAUUCAUUUUUAUUAGGGAAGAAUCAGAUGCGAACACAACUGCAAAAAUACUAGCAUCACAUUUCUAGCUCUUGACUAAACUAAAUUUAAUUUACACUCAUCAAGUCCCAAACCUCUCACAGUUUCCCCCUUGAAAUAAAGCUAAUGCAUGUACAGUUUUGGCAAUUAUGAUGUGAAGAGAAAUAUUGUAAAAUGUAAUUUUUUGCAUUGAGUAUUAUAUUGAAAUAAAGACAAUUUCCCCAUAGCCAUGGUGUAAUAAUAUCACAAUUUAUUUAUGAAUCUUUAAUAUUAACUGAAAAGACUGCAGUAAAUAAUAAAUAUACUGUUUUAUACAUUUCCCUACACAUAACAGAAUGUCAACUUAAAAUAUGAAAAAUAUUUGUUACUUUCAGUAAGCAUUACUACAAACUAAAACAAACAAAAGACUUGCAAAAACAGUAAUAUAAAUUAAUAUAAAUAUAAAGAAUUACAAAAAACACAUUUUGAACAUUUGUAAGAGCAGGGUUGUUAUCUAUCGUGUGUAAAGCUGGGUAACAAACAUAAAUAUUUUUAGGUUUAAAAAAGCUGGUGAUUGGCUAUCUAACGCUAAACAUCAUAGAUGCAAGCAGGAGAAAAAACUAUGAAACUAUGCACAGAGACAGGGCCCGCAUGCAGUGGCGGUUCUACACAGGGUCCUCCAGGGGCCACUGCCCCUGUGAAGAAGCCUUUGGCCCCUGCUGUGGCCCCUGUGUCAAAUUAAUAAUAAAAUGAUCAAUUUAUAACAAUGAACAAUGGAACAAUUCUAAUCUUUUUUUUUGUUUAAACAAUAUCUCAUUGUACACAAAAGGAACCCAGAAUGUGAAAAUUUUAUAAUAGUUUAACUAUAUGGAGUCUUCUUAUGAAGUCAUUUUGUG